AUGUCCUCACCUUCCCUUCUUAUAUCUCAAGAUCUUGUCUUUAUCUUCUACUCAGGCCUCAUGGACUGUAUUAAAUUUCCAGAAACCAUGAAUACAUGCUUUUGGGAUCUUAAAGUUUUACAAGGCGUUUACAUUCAUCCAAAUGCCGAGAUUUCGGUAAUGUCUCCAAAAUCGUGGCUCGUUAACAUAGAAUUUGAGUUUCUCUAUGAAGAAAGUGAACCUAACUUGAAGAGCUGGAAGUUGGAUGAUCUUGUCAGAGAUGAAACCAUUACUCCUUUAGGUGACGGAAGUAUAAAUGCAAGUUUUGGUCCCUCAAUAAGUCUGGGAAAAAUUCCACCAAAAAAAAAGCAUAAACCUAUUAUGCAUUUCGAUAGUGAUGGUUUUGAUCCUGUUACAAAGUAUAUUUGUGUUGGAAGUCAGUGUCCAAUUCCAGCUAGACCUAAAUUUAAUUCGGAAUUUUCAAUUCUAAUGAGGUGGUUGAUUGGCGAGAUACAAGACGU